CCACCUGAUCUGAUAACCCUACAUUCUUCGACUCAACCAUUUCGGAGGAUUUUCUUAUAUCACUUACCAUCCCCACCCGUCAUUCAAUCAGGACCAACCCAGUUAUCCCAAACAAUCCACAAUGACAGCUGCUCGCUCAAAUUCUCUCCGUGCCCUUCGUCUGCUGUCGCAGCAACAGUCUGUUCUCCCCAGCGUUCGCCGGGGCCUGCACAUCACAGGCGUCCACUCGGCGCAACCGGCAAAUGUCUCAGACCGCGCCUCUUUGUACUCCAGCCGCACCGUGGCUGAUCUCAAGAAUGAGUGUCAGAAGCGCUCCUUGAGAAGCAGCGGUACUCAAGCCGAGCUCGUUGAGCGUCUUCAAAACCAUGAUUUCCUUCAAUCCCGUGCCUUCAGCAUUGCCAUGCGCCGCAUCAGCGGCAACUCCAUUGCAGAGUAUAACCACAGCCGUCAAUUCAACACUUCUCGGUCCAUGAAGGCCGUGGGUGACUCAUCCACCGUCGACUUCGCCUACAUGCCCUCGCUGGCGGAGCUCGAUGCCCCGGCUGCGCGUGCCGAUCCGCAGUUCCCGAUUGUCCCCGACUUCUACUCCCACCACAGCUCGGCCCAGGCGGACUCCCCCAUGAAGCCCCAGAUCUAUACCGUCUCCGGAGGGGAUGCUGACGUCUCCGCCAGUCCGAUGACGGAGGUGGUCGACAACCACUCGGUGGAUAUCGAUCCAUUCUCGCUGACGGAGGCGGUGGGUAAGUCCCGCUCCGGAGCGGACUCGACCAAACAGGGCUCGAAAGAGCCUGGGUUGUUUAGGGAGUUGUGGACCGGUGUCAUGGAUGAUAUCUUAGGCCGGCAACCGGCUGUUGUCAGGAAGUAAAUGAGGCCUCGUGGAUUUACAGUUCAAUUGUUCUUGAUUGUCUUUAGCGAUGCGUGAUGUUUGUUGUACUCUCUUGGAUAGUCAGUGGUCUUAUUCAUGUUGAUGGAACUUGGAAUUGUUAAGUGACAGAUCAACAUCUACAAAUUGGAUCAGCAACAUGUGAUGUGUAUACAUCAGAACCCAUAUCCACCUCAGCAACCGUAGUGAUUCAUCAUCGAGGUACAAAUUGUGGAAGUACAGUCAAAUCAUGACCAAAGAAUCCAACAGACC